CUGCUGAGCAAGGCAAUACUAUAUGUACCCGGCGUAACCGAAUGUGCAGCGACGGCCUCAUUUUCUUUCAUCUCGAAACCUGAUCGAACACCAUGGCCAAACAAGAUCGCCUGUUCUCUCCCAUCAAGCUGGGACCAGCGACGCUGUCCCAUCGCAUCGUUCUCGCCCCUCUCACCCGACUUCGUGCCGACAAGAACCAUGUACAAAUGGACAUGUGCGCAGAAUAUUACGCGCAGCGCGCCUCGACUCCGGGAACUCUGUUGAUCGCAGAGGCGACCAUAGUAAGCCCUCGUGCAGGAGGCAUGGACAAUGUCCCCGGAAUCUGGAGCACCGAGCACAUAGCCGCAUGGCGCAAAGUCACUGAUGCCGUCCACGCAAAGGGCUCUUUUAUAUUUCUCCAGCUGUGGGACUUGGGCCGCAGGGCGUCUCCAGAAGUCCUCGCGCGCGAGCAAGAUGGUCCACACCGAGUUUGCGGCCCAAGUGCGAUCGAGGUCGAUGGCGCUCCGUCGGCCAAGUACCACGCACUCACUGUCGACGAAAUCCAGUCGCGCAUUCAAGACUUCGCCCGUGGUGCCCGCAACGCCAUGUCGGCCGGGUUCGACGGCGUUGAACUCCAUGCUGCCAACGGCUACCUUGUGGACUCAUUUCUGCAAGAAUGCUGCAACCAGCGGAGCGAUGAAUAUGGCGGUUCGAUCGAGGGUCGAUCUCGGUUCUGCAUUGAUGUGAUAAAAGCCCUUGUCGACGCAGUUGGAGACCCCAGAAAAGUGGCUCUUCGCCUAUCGCCCUGGACUUUCCAACAAGACAACACUCCUCAAACCCCAAUCUCUCAGUUCGAGCAUGUCAUCACCGAGCUUAAAGAUCUCGGCCUCGCGUAUCUUCAUCUGGUCGAAAGCCGCACGAGCGGCGACCCUACGAACGCGACCUACCACCGCCUCACGCGCCGCAACGACUCGUUGAUCGAGAUCUGGUGUAGUGGCAAAUCUCCUAUCAUCCUGGCCGGGGGCUUCGAUUACGAAACGGCCACAGUUGCAACCAGCCAAAUUUACGCGGACAAACAGAUGCUGGUGGCGAUUGGGAGACAUUACAUUGCCAACCCGGAUCUGGUGUUUAGGUUCAAGCAUCGCCUGCCGAUCAUCCCAUAUGAUCGCUCAACGUUUUACAAGGCCGUGAGCAAGGAUGGAUACACAGACUACCCCUACAGCACAGAGUACCAAGCGGCCGCGAAAGCCGGCACGGUCAAUUAGAAUUUCCGGAUGGAUUGAAACUAAUAGUCUACGACCUGGUAGAAGGUCGGAUGACGUGUAAUAUUCCAGUACCUAUCAACAAUAUGAAGACGUGAAAGUACAGAUCACCUAAUCAACACAAGGGCUAGAGAGAGCCAUUCAAUACAAAACUCAGCGUCCUCUGUUCCGCGACAGACAAUACAGCACGAAGGGUGUCGGUGAGGCUGCACUGCCGAACCUUCAAGCCUCGUAUGCAGACGGACAAAAGAAAUGCCCGUACGUACCGGCCUCGGCACUCCAAAAGACCGUCCUACGGAACAUCGUAGUCCCCGUUACGACAUC